CCUUGGCUACUUUGGUGAAGGCGGUGCUAGUGGUGCCCAAGCAGCAGGGCCUUGCCUUUGUGGUUGUAGAAAGAGAAGAUGGCUCCCGUUCUGGAGAAACAGCUCCCGGGCGCAGCCGGGGCAGGCGAGAAUAACAACGAAGACGAAGAAGGACAAAACCUGUGGUCCUCAAUACUGAGUGAAGUUUCAACAAGAUCGAGUUCAAAGUUGCCAUCAGGAAAAAAUAUCCUGGUAUUCGGUGAGGAUGGAUCAGGAAAAACAACACUUAUGGCCAAACUUCAAGGAGCUGAUCACAACAAGAAAGGGAGGGGACUAGAGUAUCUGUACUUAAGUGUCCAUGAUGAGGACAGAGAUGACCUUACUCGCUGUAAUGUGUGGAUCCUGGAUGGGGAUGUAUACCACAAAGGCCUACUUAAGUUUGCUGUUUCAGCUCAGUCACUACCUGACUGCCUAGCUGUGUUUGUUGCGGAUAUGUCACGGCCCUGGACCAUUAUGGAGUCACUACAGAAGUGGGCCAGUGUGCUGCGUGACCAUGUGGACAAGCUCAAGAUCCCUCCUGAGGACAUGAGAGAAAUGGAGCAGAAGAUGGUGAAAGCGUUCCAAGAGUACACAGAACCAGAGGAUGCCACCCCAUCCUCUCCACAGAGACGGGCCCCAACAGCAGGGGAAGACGAGGCUGUUGUGCUACCACUUGGGGACAACACACUCACAUACAACCUGGGCAUUCCAGUGCUAAUAGUUUGCACAAAGUGUGAUGCAGUCAGCGUACUAGAGAAGGAGCACGACUACAGGGAGGAGCACUUCGAUUUCAUCCAAUCCCACAUCAGGCGAUUUUGCUUACAGUAUGGAGCUGGCCUGAUCUAUACUUCAGUCAAAGAGGAGAAGAACCUGGAUCUGCUUUACAAAUAUAUAGUACAUAAGAUGUAUGACUUCCAGUUUACCACACCUGCCUUAGUGGUGGAGAAGGAUGCAGUGUUCAUCCCAUCUGGAUGGGAUAAUGAGAAGAAAAUUGGGAUUUUGCACGAAAACUUCACAACAGUCAGACCCGAAGAUCCUUUUGAAGAUUUUAUCACAAAGCCUCCAGUACGAAAGCUGGUUCAUGACAAAGAGAUAAAUGCUGAGGAUGAGCAGGUAUUCCUGAUGAAGCAACAGUCUUUGUUAGCAAAGCAGCCAGCCACGCCAACAAGAGGGGCAACGGAGUCUCCAGGACGGCCAGCCUCAGGGUCUCCCAGGCCUGCAGGUCGCGCUGGCCAGCCCACCGUGACCAGCGGCUCGCCUAUGGCUGCUGUCAAAAAGCCUGACCCUAACAUGAAAGCGGGGGCUGCCAAUGAGGGAGUGCUGGCUAACUUCUUCAACAGCCUGUUGAGUAAAAAGACUGGAGCCCCAGGGAGCCCAGGAACUGGAGCAGUUGGAGCCGGAGUGCAAGGGUCUGCCAAGAAAACAGGGCAGAAGCCGGUUUUGACUGAUGUCCAGGCUGAGUUGGAUAGGAUGACUCGCAAACAAGACUCCAUGGUUUCAGCUAACAACAUACCACCGCCGACAGAGAACGAAGCGUGAAGGCAACAAAAACAGCUGCAUCGUCCACUGCGUAAAUACUCUGGAAAAAUACAUGUACAUGUGAGCAUAAAAAAACAAUUGACCAAAUUCCCAAUGUCUAUAUCAGUCAGCACACACAAUGGUUUCACCAAAACGAGUUUCAGAUGCUAUCAGAUAUUUUGGUGUUCUGGUGAGAUGGGAAGAGAGAGAUAUGAGAGAAUGGAGGUGUUAAUGAGAUAAGUGCUGAAGGCUUGGCUUUAUUUCUGUCCUCUCUUCCACUGUAAAUGUUAUUUUGUGAGGGAUGUCAGUUUAUGGAAACGCGUGCACACUCCCUGGCAGCCAGCGUGAUGCGCUGGGCUGCGGGCCCCCCAGUUUCUGGGGUAAAACACCCUCUCCUCGUGGGUUUUAAGAGUGGAAAUAUACUGGUCCUGUGGCCUCUGGUUCAGCUUAUCUGAUGGAAGGAAUUUGGUUGUGAUUGGAAAGGUAUUUAAACUUUAAAUAUACUCACAGAGAAAAGUAAUAAAAAUACUUGCAAACAUAUGGAGUAUGUAAAAAAUGUUGGAUAUGAUACUGAUGUAUUUAUACAAAGUUCCUCCUUUUUAUUUUAUUUUGUGCACCAGUUAUCGGUUUAAGGAAACAUUGAUCUGUAUCACAUAACAUGUUAAAAUGCCACUGACGUCAUGACACUAAUAUGACAAGUCCAGAUAGCUGACAGCAUAUCAUCAUAUCAUUUGCCCUAGUCAUCUCGAAGGAUUCUGUAAAUAUAAAAAAAAUCUAUUCAGGUUAACUUUGAUUUUGUAUAAAAUGCAAUUCUGUCCAAAUUCUGAAAAUAGCUUCUUUGACUAAAUGAGACUGGUUGGGAUUUGACAGGCUUAGAGGUUGCAAUGGAAUUGCUUCUUUAGCUACAGGUGUGUAUAUUUGGGGAGGGGGUUGGGCAGCAUCUUUCCUACUAUAACUCCUAAGUGCCUCGCACAGUUAGCUGUUUGUGUCAUAGUAGAGGUGCUUGUCUACAUAAGAGGAAAGACACUGUAGCACCAUCGGUUAAAAGGUUUUUGUCCAUUUCUUGUCAUCCAAAUAAUUUAUUUCGUUUUACAUUUUGUUAAUGUACAACAAGCCUGUGGUCUCUGCUAUUUUUCAGAAAUAAGAUUUCUGUGGCCUAGUUGAUAGUGUUCAAUAGAGCAAUAGAUUGAAUGCCUUCAUAAAAAACUGUAAAGGCUGCUGAUACUAAGAAGAAACCACAUGAUGGAACUUAUGGGUCCCCCAGACGAACACUCACUGUGGUUGAAACCACUUGCUUUGCAGCCAAAACACAUACAAUGAUUUGCUGUGGUUUGAACAAAAUGAGAUCUCGUGUCCUUCAGUGUUCGACAGCACUGUCCUCUGGUUUCACGUGUUUUAUUCACACUGUACUUCGCAUGUCAGUUAAAACAUUCCCAGUUUCUACAUGAAGUAGCUGUAGAAACAAAUCCCUGUAGGAAACCUGUUUGUCCAGUUCGGUCUCUUUCAGUGCCCAUUUAAAAUGACGAGCUUUGCCUUUAAUGUACAGCUAACAGUUUGUCACACUGGGCACCCUGCCUUCACAGGAAUGCUCCUUAUUAAUUUGUGUGUCCUUAAGGGGGUUGCUUAACUGUCUUACGUAAUUUCUUUUCUUUUUUUAAAUUAAAACCAUUACACUGUACCAUAUCAAAUAAUCUGUUAUAAUAUUUAUGGUUUCAUGACACCAUAAUCUAAUCAAAAUUAAUAAUGUGUACAUUAUCAUUCUUAAGUCUGUUAUGCAAGGCCCUACUUAAUCCUAUGGAUAUUGUACAUUAAUAGCUUUCACAGAAUUAACAGGAGUUGUGAAGAGAGCAGCUAUUUGCUAUUCAAAUAACAAUAGCAAAAAAAUGAAAACUGGAGUGAAUUGGAACACGGAACCAAAGAUACAUAUUUGUCACUAAUUUCUGCUUUUAUAGUUGCUAGUCAUCCAUAAGAUUAACCAGUGGCCAUUUUUUGUCCUACUCUUGCAUGGAGCCCUUGCAUUCCACAUUUCAGACCUGCCUAUAAACUCUUGUUUUGAAUAACACCCUAUAAAAAUGGUAGAAAUGCCUUACUCCAUGUAUCUGGGAUUUCAGGAAAAACAGAAAAAUACCAUAAUCGUGUUCUGGUAGAUGAUGGUAAAUUCUCAAAACUUGUCUACAAAUACAGUGCACAUUUAUUCUGUAAGGGAAUAACCACAAGACCAUAUUGGUGUACAGUCUACUUUAUGCAUGAUUUGAUUUGUAGUCAAAACGAUGCUACACAACUGUUCUGGAUUUACUUUUGAUCAAAAUGAAGCUCUUAUUGUUUUUAUUUGUCCCUAAUUUCUCCUUUUUUUUGUUGUGACUGGGUGGAAUGUGCACCUGAGGGUCUGUUGCCGAACUGGGUGAAGCACAAUUUAAGAACAGCCAGGAGCAGUACCGCCACAUGUUGAAAUAAGCACUUUUCCUUGGACACUUGUAUCAGUUCCCUGUUGCUACAGUUUAAAGAUACAGAAUGCAUAUUUUUCUUUUUGCCUUGCCUUUUUAGAACAUUUAGUAAUGAACUUAGAAGUUAACCUACACAGUAAAACUGCAUUGUUUAUCUGCAUUUGCUGCUUAAGGUAUGGAAGGUGCCCCUGGUGGUUAACUAUGGUAUAACUCCUUUCUGCCGGUGAUAUUGUAAAUUUGAUAUCAGUCCUUAAAAAAUCAUUGUCAUUACACUUUUGCCUGGGAUGUUUUUUUGGGACAUCUUGAAGUAGAUAAACCAAAUAAAUGUCCAUUCAUUUUCAGGGUUGUCCUUUUUGCCCAUGAAACGUCCCCUUGUUUGUGUUUACAUCCUACUUAGGCAUGUUUUUUCUGUUUUUAAUAUGGCUUUGCCCAUAGACACUUUCUGUUGAGAAGGAUUUUGAAAUGUCACCCUAAACUAACUUGCUACGCUGAUUUACCCUAAUGAAACAUAGCCACACUUGUUAAAUUUGGCAUUUAGCUGAGUGGAAUGAAGUGCUCUCAUGCUGCUUGGUCUCAAAGUUGCACUCGCUCUAUAAAGAUUGGAUGUUGCUCCCAAGAUUGAAUAAUGAACAUAUGUUGUAACUUUUGUAUUCAAACGUCAGUUGAAAACAACUGCCUCCUCACAUCCUAACUGAAUUGCCUUCGACCACUAUUGACAGUCUGCAUCUAUAUGAGACUAUGAGCUUCUGCUUCCAGUCCUUUUGUAUUCAGGAUAUCAAGACAUUGUAAGCACAUGGCUGGCUGCAUUUUUGUGUCCUGAAUUAAUUCAGAAGUUUGAUUGUAUGACUUUAACUGUAGCCUCUAAGCUGCCAUGUGGAUUCUAGCUUCUUAUGCCGACAAAGAUAAGGAAAAUGUUUAUCAGACCCCUGGCUUCAAUAAAACCAAGAAUCCAAA